AUGGUCGAAGUCCAAGCCAUCACUCAACCUGAUAUUCAAUAUCAUCCCGACUACGCGAAGUACACCGCACGCGCUCAACGACGCCAAGAGACGGAGAAUCUCCCCACAACCCUACCCCCCGGAUUCCCCGACAAGCUUUCAUCGCCAUUAGUCUGGGAAGGAAAGGAUAUCGAGAAGCGCGAUGACUGGAUCUACAAGUUGAAUGAUGAACAGAGACAGGAAAUCGAUGCUGCACUGCAGAGUUUCAAGUCACUAAAUCUUAGCCUAGGACAUGUCAAUCAAGACACAUUUCCCCUACCCAACCUCCGACCAGAACUGCGUAAGCUAUCCAAGGAUAUCCACACUGGACGCGGAUUCUUUGUUUUACGAGGUCUCGAUGUCGAUCGUUACUCCCGCGAAGACAACAUCAUCAUCUACGCCGGUGUGUCGUCGCAUGUAGGCAACAUCCGGGGCCGUCAGCAGGAUCAGCGCUCCAGCAAUGGUACGUCGAUCGUGGUCUCUCACAUCAAGGACAUCUCGCACACCGCAGAAAAGGGCACGCUCGGAGCCCCGUCCAGCACCAACGAUAAACAAGUCUUCCAUACGGACGCUGGUGAUAUUAUCUCCUUACUGUGUCUGCAUCCAGCGGCGGAGGGCGGCGAGAGCCAGAUAUCUAGUAGCUGGUUUGUGUACAAUAUCCUAGCCAAGGAGAGACCGGAUUUGAUUCAUACACUUUCCCAGGACUGGCCUGUAGAUGGAUUUGGCAAUCCGAACCGACCGUACACCACACGCCCCUUGCUCUACCACCAACCGGCAACUGCGGAGACCGAGGAGCGUGUCGUCAUCCAGUAUGCCCGUCGAUAUUUCACCGGGUUCCUGGACCAGCCACGCUCGGCGGAUAUCCCACCUAUUACCGAGGGACAGGCAGAGGCGCUGGAUGCUCUGCACUUCCUCGCAGAGAAACACAGCGCGACGUUGGAUUUCCAAAAAGGAGACGUGCAGUACGUCAAUAACCUGAGCAUCUUUCACGCUCGGAAGGGCUUCCGUGAUGGGCCUGGUAAGGAACGUCAUCUCCUACGUCUAUGGCUGCGUGAUCCCGAGAAUGCGUGGGAUACCCCGGAAGAGCUGCGUGACCGGUGGGAUAGUGUGUACAAGGAUGUCGCGGAGGAGGAACAGGUGUUUCCCUUGGAGCCGACAAUACGCAAGACCGUGGGUUCGUGA